GCGGGGAGGGGAACUAAUUGCUAGGGACGCGUGUGCACCGCCGGAAGUCUUCCCCCUCCGCGGAACUGAAACGGUUAAAAAAGGCGCUGGAAGAUUUUCGGCGGGAUGAUGUCGGCCUUGUGUUUCGCUCGGAUCGGGGCGGGAAGCGCUUCCUUGAGUUCUCAGUUAAUCUGGAACAUUCAGCACCGAGCAAAUCACUGGCAGUCUUCACUUCUCGGACUGAGGGCUGCUCUCCCCAUGAGAGCAGAACCCAAGAAAAAAAAGAAGGUGGAUCCAAAGAGAGAAAUUGCCAUACGGGACCGUAUGAAGAAGAAGAUUAAAAAAUUGGAAAAGGCUCCCCAGGAAUUGAUUCCCAUUGAAGACUUUAUAACACCGUUCCGAUUCAUGGAUGAAACAAGGGUGCGAGACAUCUCUCCCCUGUCCUUUGAGGAAAGCGAAAGACGAGCACUGCUUUUGAAGAAGUGGACAGUGUACAAGCAAGCACAGAACAAGGCAGAGAUGAAGGCAGCCAAGGCCCUGAUGGAGGCCCAAGAAGAGGCCUUAAAAGAACUACGCCUCGAAUCGGAGGAGCUGUAUCAGGCAGCUAUUCAGCAGGAUGAAGGGCUGUUUCCUUUUGAGAGGCAGGAGCCGACCCACACACCGCCGGUGUCAAAGUAUGAGGCUCCCGAAGGGAGGUGCCAUGACAUCACUAAAGUUUAUACCCAUUGACACCAAAGGUUGCGAAGGGACUGUUGGAAGUCGCUUCAUUCGAUAAAUAAAUACAAUCACAGUAGACUGGAAAGCAGUCUGGUCACCCACUGGUUCUGAGUAAGGCAAAUCGUGCCUGAAGCAAACAAAACUGAAGGGAAUGUGUAUCGUUUUUAGAGUGAAGUAUAUUCUAGACACUGAUAAUCCAGUUCUUCCUGGACAAACUGCGCGCUAAAAUGUUUUUAAGACCCAACCCUCCAUAAUUUCCUUUCUGGCUCAUGGAUGUCAGUGUGGGAUCCUAUUAUGUUUGGGUUUUGUCAUUUCCUUUGGGGUAUCCUGAGAGCUAUUGAGCAGGAUGCUCAUUUAAAAAAUAAAAUCCUUGGGAAGAAAUACA